AUGGAGGGCUGUAAGUCCUACGGCUUGUCGACACACGUCGUGGCCGGCCAGGCAGCCCGCGUUGUGAAUGAGAAUGUAUGGUGGACUGAAUAUAUGUGGCGCUUGCAUGCAUGGGCUUCCUGGAAGGCCACAACUCUGACAGCACGGGCUUCCUGGCAGCCCGCGCUGAUGUACACGUAUUCUCUGUGGGCCCACUGCGCGCGUGGCAUUCCUGGAAGGCCACGCGCGGGCUUCCUGGCAGCCCAUACUGAUGUAGGUGUAGACUCCGACAGCGUGGGCUUCCUGGCAGCCCGCGCUGAUGAAGCGUGUGUGGGUGGCUACACGCGCCAUACGUGUACCAGUAAGCAUAUGACUGUCACCGUGGGCCGCCUGGCUGCCCGCGCAUGGCUGGGAGUGACUGUAGUUUACUACUUCUACACUGUCCCCCUCCACGACAUCUCCACCCUCGAGGGCCCAUCCAUCCUUGCGCACGACACCACCGUUCUCGUCUCCCGCUUCCUACUUGCGCACACCGCACAGAGCGCACUCGAAACCCCCGCUGGCGACGACAAAACGAAGGGCGGACUGGCACCGCAGAGAGGAGUGCUGGGCUCGUCCGCAGACGACACAGCGCCGACCACGAAUACGCGCUACCUCUAG